CUACUACUACAACUUUUUCACUCACUAUGGCAAUUUUCACAAAACCAAAGCUUUUAUUUAUCUUCUUCUUGAUCCUCUCUUUGGUCGUUGUAUCUCAAUGCUAUGAUCAAAACCCUAGGGGUGAUCAAGACCCUCAGGAGAAACUCAGAGAGUGCCAACAACGUUGUGAGAGGCAACAACCAGGCCAACAGAAACAGUUGUGUAAACAACGUUGUGAACAGCAGUAUAAGAAAGAGCAACAACAACAACAUGAAAGGGAGACUGGUGAAGAUGAUCUAGGCAAUCGUGGACCUGAGAAGAGAUAUAGAAAAUUCCAAGAGUGCCAACGUAGGUGCCAGAUUGAACAACAGGGCCAACAACUGCAAGAGUGUCAACAACGUUGUCAACAAGAGUACCAAAGAGAGAAAGGACAACAAGUUGAAACUAACCCAGAGUGGGAACAAGAAGAAAAAUCGAAUAAUCCUUAUUUAUUCGAGUCUCAAAGGUUCAGGUCUCGAUACAGAGCUAGUCAUGGUGAUUUCCGUAUCCUCGAGAAAUUCAAUCAAAGAUCUCAACUUCUAAAAGGAAUCGAAAAAUACCGUGUCUCCGUCCUCGAAUUGGAGCCUCAGUCUUUCGUAUUGCCUCAUCACUGUGAUGGUGAAGCCAUAUAUGUUGUUGUUAAAGGACAAGGAAUAAUUAGUAUAGCGGAACAAGAUAACAAAAACUCCUUCAACUUGCAGAAGGGGGAUGUAAUCAGGGUGUUUGCUGGUUCAAAUGUCUACAUGCUCAACAAAGAUAACAACGAAAAGUUGUUUGUUUACGUGCUCGCCAAGUCCGUCAAUGCCCCUGGAAAUUUGCAGCAAUACUUUAGUGCCGGAGGUCAAAAUCCGGAGACCUUCUACAAAGCAUUCAGCAGCGAUAUCCUGGAGAGUGCUUUCAAUAACCCAAGGGACAAGUUAGAGAGGCUAUUUGGACAACACAAGGAGGGGAUAAUAAUCAAAGCUAGUGAAGAGCAAAUUAGAGCUAUAAGCGAACACGCCUCACGCUCCACUCAGCAAACUAAAGGUAGAACACAAGGACCUUUCAAUUUGCUGAAGGAACGCCCAUUAUUCGAAAGCAAAUUUGGACAGUUCUUUGAAGCAUGUCCCGAAAGAUUUGAGCAGUUGAGGGACUUGGAUGCUGCUGUUGGUUUCAUGAACAUUAACCAAGGUGGAAUGGUGCUACCAUACUACAACACAAAAUCUACAAAGUUGGUUAUGGUUGUAGAAGGAAACGCUCGGUUUGAAAUGGCAUGUCCUCAUCUUGGUAGACAAGGCCAAAGCCCAUGGUCUCGUGGACAAGGAAGAGAGCAAGAACAAGAACAAGAACAAGAAGAAGGAGAAGUCCGUUACCAGAAAAUCCGCGGUAAUCUAAACGUUGGUGAUGUUUUGGUAAUCCCAGCAGACCAUCCGAUCACCUUUGUAGCAACCGGAAACUCAAAUGUGAAGAUAGUUGGUUUUGGAGUCGAUGCUCAGAACAGCAAAAAGAACUUCCUUGCAGGUAAACAAAGCAUAUGGAGAAACGUAGAGAGGGAAGCGAAAGAACUAUCCUUCAGCAUGCCCGGAAGGGAGGUAGAAGAGAUAUUGCAGAAGCAAGACCAGUCCUACUUUGUGGCAGGACCGGAGCAUCGCCAGCAGAGGGAGAGGGGUGAAGAAGGAAGGAGGGGACAAGAUCAAUAUUUGUCUUCAAUUUUGGACUUUGUUUUCUAAAUAAAAUGUAUGUUAAUGGAAGAAAUGCGCAAUGCAGAUAUGCAUUUGUGCCAAGUGAAGAGAGCUUUGUGAGUAAAUAAGAAGAGGCUCCUAGUUUAAAGAGAAGUAUGUACUCCUACUAAUGUAACUCCUUAAAAUAAAUGUGGUCUAGGAGUUGUAGAGGGUUUUUGGACUCUCUUGUAGUAUGUAUGUUGUCGUGUGCACUGUAACUUUUGCAUCAUAAAUAAAACUCCUUGCUCUGUUAACU